UUCCACUCUGCUCAUCUCGACUCUGCCUGGUUGAAGAAAAUUUGCUGCAUGUGAUUAGGUCGCAUGGUUAUGAGUUCAAAUACGCACUUGCUUGACCUUUGAGUUUUUUGCAUUGAGGGAUACUUAGGUUUGUUGAGACAGGCGUAUCCAAGACAAUGUUGCAGGUGAUUUUUCGGGUUGCUCCUUUGCUCCUUCUGUUGGUGGUCUGGUGUGCUGCACUGGAAGAAGCCCAAACUAAAGGUUGCAUUUGUGGAUACCCUGGAAUACCAGGGGACCCCGGGCACAACGGCAUACCUGGCAGAGAUGGGCGAGAUGGAUUAAGCGGUGAAAAGGGUGAUAAAGGUGAAGUUGGUCUAACUGGUCCAGCAGGCAGUAAUGGCCCCAAGGGAGACAAAGGGGAGCUUGGUGCCGUCGGCCCAGCAGGGCUCAAAGGAAAAAGGGGAGAUAAUGGAGAGCGGGGCCCUCCUGGGAAGAUGGGGCCCCAAGGAGUCUCCGGACCCAUAGGCCUGAAAGGGAAUAAAGGAGAGCUUGGGCUGCCUGGACCUAAGGGGCCUAAAGGUGAUUUGGGGGCUCCUGGACCAGAGGGUCAAAAGGGGGAAAUUGGUCUUCAAGGUGACAGAGGCUUUCAGGGACCACUGGGACCCCCGGGCAGGCCAGGCCCAAAAGGGGAAAUUGGUGUUCCAGGCCACAAAGGCAGCAUCGGAUAUCGUGGGGAAAGGGGGUCUCGAGGAGAUAAGGGUGAUAAGGGCGACAAGGGAGAAGAACUUGUUAUCUCUAAAAGUGCCUUCUCAGUGGGACUCACAGCACUAACUAAACUCCCAGCAGCCAAUGCACCAAUCCGGUUUGACAAGAUCAUUUACAACCGACAGAAUCACUACGAUCCACAAACAGGAAGAUUCACGUGCUCCGCAGCAGGGGCCUACUAUUUCACCUACCACAUCACCGUCUUCUCCAGGAACGUGAAGGUGGUUCUCAUGAAGAAUGGGGUAAAGAUCAUCCACACCACGGACAACUACCAGAGCAGCGAGGACCAGGCAGCAGGGGGCGCUGUGCUGCACCUGGAGGUGGGAGAUAAAGUGUGGCUGCAGGUGGCUGGAGGAGAGUUAUUCAACGGACUCUUUGCUGAUGAAGACGAUGACACUACUUUCUCUGGAUUUCUAAUCUUUGCAUCUUGAGGAUUUUGUCAUUUCUUGUAUAUUAUUUCAAGUUAGUACAUACAUAUCUACAUUUACUGUAUGUAUAUACCUCUAUACAUAUAAAUACACACACAUAUUGCAUAUAUGUGCUGGUGAAGAUGACACCUUUUCCUCUGGAUUCUUAAUCUUUACAUCUUGAUAUUUUACUAUGUCUAGUAAUUAAUUUUGGUAUACAUGCAUAUCUGUAUACACGUGUGUGUAUACAUACACAUAUAUACAUAUAUGUGCUGGUGAAGAUGCUGACACUAACUUCUCUGGAUUUUCUAGUGUGUAUACAGGUAAAUAUGUUUUAUAUCUGAUGACCAUGUGCUUUGUUCCAUCUAUCACUGGGGUAGCUUUUAUUGGUCUGUAUUUGCAGUGGCAAGAAGUUGUUUCCGCAUUCAUGAAAGUAUAAUUAAACACACACACACAAAUACUCACACACGUAUGAGCUGAUUAGGAUGAUGACAUUCUCUGGAUUCUUUGCUCCUUGAUCAUUUUGUUAUGUCUAGUACAUAUGUGUCACAUAACAUGUAAAUACACUACACUGUAUACACUCACACACAUGUUUAACACAUAUGCAUAGGUGCAUGCAUAUAUGACACAAUAAGAUGGUAAAUUUA